AUGCCCAAGAAUCCUCAUCCUCCGCGCGGAGGCGGUGGCUCCAAGAAAUCCGCCCCUCCCCCUUCGGGCGCUGAGGACACCAGUUACAUCGUCUUCUCCAACUCGAAGGGGGAUUCCAAGAAAGGCAAAAAAGCGGACAACGCUGCCAAAAAUGACACCAACGAUAAAGGCAAGGUGAAGACUAAGGGCGCGCCUGAGCAGCCUGAGGAUGCGCCUAAGAAACCCGACGUGCGCACCAUAAUCGGCGGCGCGUCGUGGACCGGGAAGCUGCCUGUAAACAUGCUCUCGGAGCACUGCCAGAAGCAGAAGUGGGAAAAGCCCGAGUAUACAAUGAACAAGGUCAAAAAUGGCUUCGUCUCGCAUGUAAUCCUCAAGGCCACGAACCCAAAAACCCGCGAGACUACCACCCUGCCUCCCAUAAGGCUCCCGACUGAGAAGCAAGAUCUUGCGCUGCAACCGACCGCUCUCGAAGCCCGUCACUUCGCUGCCACCUAUACCCUUUUCCGCGUCGCUUCCAUGAAGAACAUCCACAUGAUGAUGCCCCCGACAUACAAGGACUUGUGGAAGGGCGCAUUCACGGACAUGAAGAAAGAGGAUGUCAAAAGUGGCAAAGGUUGGAUGUACGAAGCUGACCCUUUCGUUGCCCAGAAGGAGAGGGAACAGGCUAAGGUCGAGGCUGAGAAGAAACGAGAGGAAGUUGCGAAACAGCGGGAGAAGGAGAAAAGCCAGUCCACGGGCAUUGGAGCACAGUCGAGUGGUGGGAGUAACAUCAUGCGCGGCUGGACUCGUGUUCCGAAGCUCGACAUGGGUAAGAGGAUCCGCGCAGAAAUCGAGCGCUUGAUUCGGCGGGAUGCUGUUUGGAACCCCCAUAGCGUCAAGAUAUCACCCGCCGAACGCUCUGUCCUUAUUGAUGAGGUUGUCAAACUGGGUUUCCGCAAAAGCCACGUUGAAGAGGCCGCAGAAGUUUGCAAGGACCGGGAAGAAAUUCUCGAAUGGUUACUCAUCCAUGUGCCGGAAGAUGAUCUUCCGCCUUGGAGUCUGCCUGAGGGCUAUACUGCAGGCAUUAGCAUGGCCAGCGGAAACUUGAAGCGGGAGGCGGCUGUCAAGCGUCUCGCGGCCACUGGUUAUGCUGUGGAACUUUGCGAAGAAGCCCUUGAUACAUUCGAUGGCGAUGAAGCUAAAGCGGCUGGCUUGCUGCAAGCCCGGCUCUUGGGUGACGACGAGCUUGCAGAGCAACUGUCUGGCGCAACAAUUGCUGAUGAGACCUACAUCCGGUUGAGCAUCAUUAGACAAGCAUUGAGCCACGCGAAGGAAAACUUCCUCGGCGAGCAAAUGAUUUUCAACAUUGUGGACUGGUUGGAGCAUGAGAUACCUUCCAUAAUCGACAAUCCGGGAAGACUUACGGAUGUUUCUUCUGCAAUUUCCGCGGCAGAUACGGGUGUUCAUGCUGAAGCGAUCAAACAAAAGGAGAAGAGACAGCGUCGGCCCAAACCAUGGCAAGCCAAACAGACUUCCCCGGAACAACAGCGCAUGCUUCGCGCGAGGCAAAACCUGCCGGCUUGGAAAUUGCAGCAGGAUAUCGUUGAUGCGGUCAAAAAGUAUCAAGUCGUCAUUAUUUCUGGAGAGACUGGAUCUGGAAAGUCUACGCAGUCAGUUCAGUUCAUCCUUGAUGACAUGAUUCAACUUGACGAAGUUCAUGAGCGCAGCCUGGAUACAGACUUCCUUCUCGUUCUGCUGAGGGAUGUCCUGAAGAAGCGCAAGGAUCUUCGGGUCAUUCUUAUGAGUGCUACUCUCGACGCGGAUGUGUUUGCAUCUUUCUUCAAGCCUGCCGUGGGCCAGGUCGGAAUGGUGGAAAUAGCGGGCCGCACGCACCCUGUGACGGACUACUAUGUUGACGAUGUCAUUCGAAUGUCUGGCUUUAACGGCCACACAGCAGACGAAGACUGGGAGGACGAAGAGACCCAGAAGAGCAUCGGUGGCACGCUGAGGAGUAUUGGCAUGCGGAUCAACUAUGACUUGAUCGCGCAAACGGUACAGUACAUUGACAUGGAACUGGGGUCCCAGGACGGUGCCAUCCUUAUCUUUCUUCCUGGAACAAUGGAGAUCGAUAGGACGAUACAGGCCCUCCGCUCCAUGCCAAAUCUGCAUGCUCUCCCGCUCCAUGCGUCUCUGCUUCCAGCUGAACAGCGCCGAGUCUUCCCUCCACCACCUAAAGGCAAGAGAAAGGUGAUUGCGUCUACCAAUGUUGCGGAGACUUCAAUUACCAUCGAGGAUGUCGUGGCCGUCAUCGAUACCGUGGAAGGUGCUCUGGAGCUCCUCGGACGAAUGGGAGCCAUUGAUGGUGAUGAAAUGACUGCUUUAGGCAGACACCUUGCUGUUGUCCCUGCUGACCUUCGAUGCGCAAAGCUCAUGGCCAAACGAGAAGAAUCAAAGGCAGCCCGGUCAGCGUUUGGUAAGGGCCAAGGUGAUCUCAUUGCAGACUUGCGCGCCUACGAGCACUGGGCCGGCCUCAAGGAAAAAGGCAUUUCGCCCCGAGACCUACGUGCUUGGUGCGAGCAGAACUUCCUCAGUACCCAAACCCUCAAUGAUAUUACCUCUACCCGGCGGCAAUACCUUUCCUCGUUGCAGGAGACGGGCUUCAUUCCUCUACGAUACUCAUCUUACAGCGACUCUGCUGCACAGGUGGUCGCCUCGCUGAACCGUCACAGCGCCAACGAUUCCCUCAUUCGCGCCCUCGUCGCUGGCUCUUUCAACCCUCAGCUUGCCCGAAUCGACUUUCCAGACAAGAAGUUCGCAGCAUCUGUGUCUGGUGCGGUGGAGCUCGACCCUGAAGCCAAGACUAUCAAGUACUUCAACCAGGAGAACGGUAGGGUUUUCGUUCACCCAAGCUCGACCUUGUUUGAUGCACAAGGAUUUCCUGGCGGUGCGGCCUUCAUGAGUUACUUUACGAAGAUGGCGACGAGCAAGGUUUUCAUUAGGGAUUUGACACCAUUCAACGCUUACUCUUUGCUGCUGUUCUCCGGACCAAUUACGCUUGACACGAUGGGCCGCGGUGUCGUAGUAGACGGAUGGCUGCGUCUGCGCGGAUGGGCCCGUAUCGGUGUCUUGGUUUCGAGACUACGCAUGAUGCUGGACGAUGCAUUGGCAAGCAAGAUUGACGAUCCGACUACAGACUUAGCGGGUAGUGACGUUGUGGGUAUUGUAAGGAAACUGGUCGAACUUGAUGGGCUGGAUCGGUGA